UGUUACACUGGCAGAUUUUCUCUGCAUGUUGCACUCUAGAACAGUUCUUGGUGUGUAAUGAAUGCAGGUUCUCAUGGAAUCACCAGAGUCUGGGAGCUGGGACUUUAUGGACAUCAAAAGGCACAAAACUUGAACUAAAAUUGCAGUAGUUGCUAACAAUGUUUGUGUAGCAAGGGGGGUCCUACUUACACUCCUGGCUCCACCAAAGCCAGGGCAGCUGACCCUUUCAAUCUUCCCUCCCAGCCCCCACACUAGGGUUGCUAGGUGUCUGGUUUUCAACUGGAAUGCCUGGUUGAAAAGGGACCCUGCUGACCGGGCUGUUAAAAGUCCAGUCAGCAGCGCAGCAGAGCUAAGGCAGGAUCCCUGCCUCCACGGCUCCAUGCAGCUCCCAGAAGCAGUGGCAUGUUCCCCCUCUGGCUCCUAGGCAUAGUGGCAACAAAGCGGCUCCAUGCGCUGCCCCCGCCCCAAGCGCCAGCUCCUCAGCUCCCAUUGGCUGGGAACUGUGGCCAAUGGGAACUGCGGGGGCGGUGCCUGCGGAUGGGGCAAUGCGCAGAACUGCCUAUCCAUGCCUCCGCAUAGGAGCCAGAGGGGGGACAUGCCGUUGCUUCUGGGAGCUGCCUGAGGUAAGCGCCGCCCAGACCCAGUACUCCUGAACCCCCCUGCCCCAACCCUGAUCCCCUUCCUGCCCUCGAUCCCAGCCUGGAGCUCCCACCUGGCACUGGUGAGACCUCAUCUGGAAUACUGUGUGCAGUUCUGGUCUCCCGUUUUUAAGAAGGAUGAAUUCAAACUGGAGCAGGUUGUCAGAAUUCUAAGACAAUAAGAAAGUAGUGAUGGAAUCGUUGGAUACGGGGUCUAAAGCAAAGAAAACUCUAGGAAACGUUGACUAUGUAGAGUCAUCAGAAUUUUCCCAAGGAAUUCUGCCUACAAAUAAGGAUGUCAUUCAGAACAUGUUGUAUCUGUUGCAACCCAAAAGAGCUGGGCAAGCACAACGAUCAAAAGAAGAUGCAGCCCAAUUGCUUGCUGAACUUCUGCAGGAACACUGGUUGUUUUGCAACUUACACACCAUAGCAACAAAAAAUAUAAAGAAGAAUAUUCUCAAAAUGUAUGAGGAAUUCACAAAACUCUAUCAAACCAGAAAGCAGAGACAAAAUCAGUCAUUUACAGAGAAGGCCAACACAUUCAACAGGAGUUCAGAACAGCUCUUUGACAUAUUUUGUACAGACACAGUGAUAAGAAAUGAGCUGGAACAAUACAGUGGUAUAAAAAUGACAGAUGUUGAGUGGAAAUUUCUUGAAAACCAAAGAAGUGAAAGAAAAAUGUACCAUAAAGAUUUCAUGGACAAGAAAGAAAUUAAGAUGAUGGGAAGAAGAAAACUACAGUGCCUGGAGCUGGAGCACUUGAGAAAAAUUGCAGAAAAAAAAGAAGCAAGUGAAGUCAAAGAAGAGACUUACAAAACUGAUGAGAAGUCAGAUGAAGGUAUGAGUGUAAAUGAAUCAUAUGUUGUAGAAGAGGAGGAGGAUGAAGGUGUUCCAGAUUUUUCAUCUAAGGGGAAAAGAAAGCGUCCAUAUUCUACGUGGACUGCCAGCUCUCCAACAUCAGCUGGUGAUAGUAUGCCUCUUGAGUGUCAACAUAUACGUAUGAGCAUCAGGAAAGUUAGGCCUGGGUUCUAUGAGACUGUUGAUAAGUUUAAAAACUGCUAGUACAUGUCAGUCUCAAGCUGAGGCUACUGUAGUAGAAGUUAGCAACAAAAUAUUUAGGACAUCUUGAAAUACCAUGAUCAUUUGGAAGUCCCUGAUGUAGAUACUCUAACAACAUUCAGAAACAUCCACCUGGGAGUGAAGAGCAUUGAAGUAAUGAGAUUGGCAGAAACUGUAAAAGAUUAUGAACUCCAAAGGAAAAAGCAGUUAUUAACUAAUGAUAUGAAGGCUUAGAGAUAGAUGAUCUGGGGGGUAUGUAGCAGUACAAGUCUCCAUCUAAGGCCCUGACUGUACUAGACUUUUUUGGAUGAAUGUUCACUAAGGAUACAGUUAAGAGUACCAAAUACUUGACAUCUAAGACAAUAUAUAAAAUCUUCAUUUCCAGAAGUGAAAGGCUAAAGUUUUAGCACGAUUCUUUGUUGUCCACAGAGAUAAUGUAAUCGUGUUGCAAACGGAACAAGGAAUGGAAGUCAUUUCCAUUCUCAGAAGUGAUCUGAUUCACAAACGAAAAACCUCCCAACUUUGAUUUUUGCAUGGCCAUUUUUAAAAAACAGUGCAAUAAACUAUGUCUAGGGCCCUACCAAAUUCAUGGUCAAUUUCACAGUAAUAGGAUUUUUUAAAUAGUACAUUUCAUGAUUUCAGCUAUUUAAAUAUGAAAAUUCAUGGUGAUAGCAAUGGUGGGCCAAUAGUGUCAACAGGAGUCUAGUUGACUACUGGGAAAUAAUACAGUAUUGUUGAUAAAGCUAAUUUAAAGUGCAGAUUCUGAGCAGUCACAACUCCCAUUAAUUUCAGUGGGAAUUGAGGAUGUUUGGCACCUUUUAGAAUCGGAACUAAUAGUAAAACUGGCUAAUUACCUUUGUCCUUCAACUGCUUUGAAAUCCCACUCCCAGUGAGUACCUACUUAAAUUAGUAGUUUUAAUGUUGCAUUUCAAAUUCAUAUGGAAUAAAGAACUGCUGGUAUUGUGAAGGAGACAAUGGCCUUGCCUUUCAGGCUCAAGUAUAUGUAGCUACAUUAUCUCUCUCCCUCAAAGGAUGUAACUGUCUGCCUCUCUGAAUAAUAUACUAUUAUCAGUCUCUUAUCUGUUACUCAGUUAACUUUCACAUAAAUAACUGAUGAGGUCCCUUGAGGAUUUAUUCCAAAAUAUUAACCAAACUCAGUGCAGUAAACAUAGUUUUUACUUUUUUUGUCGUUAACAAAGUUUAAAAGGAAAUUUAAUUUAAUGUCACUGGGCACUCACAGCAGCAGCACUGCUUGAGCACUGGUCUUGGGCCGAAUGUGGCCAGUCUUAGAUCUUGGAACAGUAUGAUUUUUAAUCCCUGCUGUAAAACCCACUUCACACUACAAAUACAGCAAGUGAUGUAAACUGAGACAUAUUAAACAGAAACCCAGCGUGGUUUGAAUAUGGUUUUUAACACUGUUGUAUAGUGCUUUGAUAAUGUUCCUAGUUCGUAGAGGUUAAGGCUAGAAGGGACCAUCUAGUGGGAAUCAUAUAGUCCAGGGAUUGGCAACCUUUGGCAUGCGGCUCGCCAGGGUAAGCACCCUGGCGGGCUGGGCCGGUUUGUUUACCUGCCGCGUCUGCAGGUUUGGCCAGUUGAGGCUCCCACUGGCCGCAGUCCGCCAUCCCAGGCAAAUGGGGGCUGUGGGAAGCGGCGCGGGCCGAUGGAGCGGCAGGUAAACAAACGGCCUGGCUGCUAGGGUGCUUGGCCUGGCGAGCCGCGUGCCAAAGGUUGCCGAUCCCUGAUCUAGUCUAACCCCUUGUAAAUCACAGGCCAUUAAAUUUCACUCUGUUACAGAGCCCAAUAACUUGACUAAAGUUUAUCUUCCAGAAAGGCAUCCAGUCUUAAUUUGGAGACCUCAAGAGAGAGUCCUCCAGUUUCUUUGGUAGUAUGCAGCUUAAUUUGUUAAUCUCCCCAGAUUUAAAAUGUAGUGGUCUGGGAGGGGUCAGCCCCAAGAUCAGCUACUGUAAAGAACUUGUCAUCACAAUGAGGAUCCCAAAAUACACAGCAGGGACAUCACACUACUCUUUGAUUACAUAAUAAUUGUAUUACCUAGCCAGGCAAAAAUCAUAGAAUCAUAGAAUAUCAGGGUUGGGAGGGACCUCAGGAGGUCAUCUACUCCAACUCCCUGCUUAAAGCAGGACCAAUCCCCAACUAAAUCAUCCCAGCCAGGGCUUUGUCAAGCCUGACCUUAAAAACCUCUAAGGAAGGAUAUUCCACCACCUUGUUAGGUAACCCAUUCCAAUGCUUCACCACCCUCCUAGUGAAAUAGUUUUUCUUAAUAUCCAACCUAAACCUCCCCCAUUGCAACUUGAGACCAUUAUUCCUUGUUCUGUUAUCUGGUACCACUGAGAACAGUCUAGAUCCAUCCUCUUUGGAACUCCCUUUCAGGUAGUCGAAAGCAUCUAUCAAAUCCCCCCUCACUCUUCUCUUCUGCAGACUAAACAAUCCCAGUUCCCUCAGCCUCCUCAUAAGUCAUGUGCUCCAGCCCCCUAAAAUACACUCUCUGCAAUAGACCAAAAAAUAGAAAGAUACUGUCAGAUAUCCAGCGCUUGCAUUACUUACACCAGGGAUCGGCAACCUUUGGCACACUGCUCACCAGGGUAAGCACCCUGGCGGGGCGGGCUGGUUUGUUUAUCUGCUGCGACCGCAGGUUCGGCUGAUCAUGGCUCCCACUGGUGGGAAGAGGCAGCCAGCACAUCCCUCAGCCCAUGCCACUUCCUGCAGCCCCCAUUGUCCUGGGAUGGUGAACCGCGGCCAGUGGGAGCCGCGAUCAGUCGAACCUGCAGAUGCGGCAGGUAAACAAACCGACCCGG